GGUGGAAUGCUCAAAGGAUUGAAUGGAACAAUAGAAAGUCCAGGCUUCCCAUAUGGGUAUCCAAAUGGUGCAAACUGUACAUGGGUAAUAAUAGCAGAAGAACAAAAUAGAAUCCAGAUUGCCUUUCAAUCAUUUGCCCUAGAAGAGGAGUAUGAUUAUUUAUCUUUGUAUGAUGGACACCCUCACCCUACGAACUUUAGGACAAGGUUAACAGGCUUUCAUCUUCCUCCACCAGUAACAAGUACAGGAUCUGUAUUUUCCUUGCGCUUAACAAGUGAUUUUGCUGUCAGCGCUCAUGGCUUUAAGAUAAUUUAUGAAGAAUUACGGAGUAGCUCUUGUGGAAAUCCAGGUAUUCCGCCUAAAGGUGUUCUUUCUGGGACAAAGUUUGAUGUUGGUGAUAAAAUCCGCUAUAGUUGUGUGACUGGGUAUUUAUUGGAUGGUCAUCCUCAACUAACCUGUAUAGCUAACUCAGCAACUACAGCAUCAUGGGAUUUCCCUGUACCUAUUUGUAGAGCUGAAGAUGCAUGUGGAGGCACUGUAAGAGGAUCCAGUGGAAUUAUUUCAAGCCCUAGUUUUCCCAAUGAGUACCAUAACAAUGCAGACUGUACAUGGACAAUUGUAACAGAACCUGGAGACACCAUAUCACUUGUUUUCACAGAUUUUCAGAUGGAGGAAAAAUAUGAUUACUUAGAAGUUGAAGGAUCAGAGCCACCAACAAUAGGGUUGUCUGGAAUGAAUGUGCCACCUCCAAUUAUCAGCAACAAAAAUUGGCUAAGACUGCAUUUUGUAACAGAUAACAACCAUCGCUAUAGAGGAUUCAGUGCACAAUACCAAGUGAAAAAGUCCAUAGAUUUUAAAUCUAGAGGAUUUAAAUUGUUUCCAGGGAAAGACAUCAGCAGCAAGUUUUCUAUAUUAAAUGAGGGAGGUAUUAAACAAGCAUCAAAUAUGUGCCCUGAUCCAGGAGAACCUGAAAAUGGAAAAAGAAUAGGCUCUGAUUUUAGCCUUGGUGCAACAGUUCUGUAUUCUUGUGAUGAAGACUAUGUGCUACAAGGUGAAAAAAGUAUUACCUGCCAAAGGAUUGCAGAUGUUUUUGCAGCUUGGAGUGACCAUAGACCAGUAUGCAAAGUAAAGACAUGUGGAUCCAGUCUCCAAGGUCCAAGUGGAACUUUCACUUCUCCAAAUUUUCCAUUCCAAUAUGACAGUAAUGCUCAGUGUGUUUGGGUCAUUACAGCUGAGAACCCCAAUAAGGUGAUUCAAAUAAAUUUUGAAGAAUUUGAUCUUGAAAUUGGUUAUGACACGCUUACUAUUGGUGAUGGGGGUGAAGUCGGAGAUCCAAAAACAGUUUUGCAAGAGUUAUCAGGAAGUUUUGUUCCCGAUUUAAUUGUGAGCAUCAGUAACCAAAUGUGGCUUCAUCUACAAUCUGAUGAAAGCAUUGGAUCAAUUGGUUUUAAGGUGAACUAUAAAGAAAUUGACAAGGAAAGCUGCGGUGAUCCGGGAACUCCUUUAUAUGGUAUCAGAGAAGGAGAUGGGUUUUCUAAUGGUGAUGUUCUCCGAUUUGAAUGUCAGUUUGGAUUUGAACUAAUAGGACAGAAAACUAUUGCUUGUAAAGAAAAUAAUCAAUGGUCUGCAAACAUACCAAUAUGCAUUUUUCCUUGUCUAUCUAAUUUCACUGCACCAAUGGGCACAGUUCUUUCACCUGACUAUCCAGAGGGAUAUGGUAAUAAUCUAAAUUGCAUCUGGACUCUCAUAUCAGAUCCAGGAAGUCGAAUUCACCUGUCAUUUAAUGAUUUUGAUUUAGAGACUCAGUUUGAUUUUCUCGCUAUUAAAGAUGGUGACUCAAUAGAUUCACCAAUAUUGGGAACUUUUACUGGAGCCGAGGUUCCUUCUCACCUCACAAGUAACAGUCAUAUAAUACGUCUAGAAUUUCAGGCGGAUCAUUCAAUGUCUGGACGUGGAUUCAACAUCACAUAUAGUACAUUUGGGCAUAAUGAAUGUCCUGAUCCUGGGGUACCAAUAAAUGCUCGACGGUUUGGGGACAAUUUCCAGCUGGGAAGUUCAGUUUCUGUGGUUUGUGAAGAUGGCUUCAUCAAAACUCAAGGAACUGAGACAAUCACCUGUAUGCUAAUAGAUGGAAAAGUCAUGUGGAGUGGUCCUAUUCCAAGAUGUGAAGCUCCAUGCGGAGGCCACUUUUCAUCUCCCAGUGGAGUUAUCCUUUCCCCUGGGUGGCCUGGAUACUAUAAAGACUCACUGAAUUGUGAAUGGGUGAUUGAAGCUGAACCAGGACGAUCAAUCAAAAUUACUUUUGAAAGAUUCCAAACUGAACUUAAUUAUGAUGUAUUGGAGGUACAUGAUGGUCCAAAUCUGCUUUCACCACUUCUUGGAUCAUAUAACGGCACUCAAGUUCCGCAGUUUCUCUUCAGCAGUAUGAAUUACCUGUACCUUCUGUUCACUACUGAUAACAGUCGAUCUAAUAAUGGGUUUAAGAUUCAUUAUGAGAGUGUUACAGUAGACACGCAUUCCUGUUUAGACCCUGGAAUACCAUUGCAUGGACAUAGAUAUGGCUAUGAUUUCUCUAUUGGCUCUGCUGUUUCCUUUGGGUGCCAACCAGGCUAUACCCUUAGUCAUGAAGACCCCUUAAUAUGUGAAAAGAACCACUGGUGGAGCCCUCAGUUACCUACUUGUGAUGCUUUAUGUGGUGGAGAUGUUAGAGGACCAAGUGGCACAAUUCUUUCUCCGGGUUUCCCUGAAUUCUACCCAGAUUCCUUAAAUUGUACAUGGACAAUAGAAGUAACUCAUGGAAAAGGCGUGCAGUUCACCUUUCAUACCUUUCAUCUAGAAGAUCUUCAUGACUACCUAUUAAUCACUGAAAAUGGUAGUUUUACUCAGCCCCUAGCACGGCUCACUGGCGCUGAGCUUCCUAUAAUAAUCAACGCUGGUCUCUAUGGAAAUUUCAGAGCUCAGUUGCGCUUUAUUUCCGAUUUUUCAAUGUCAUAUGAAGGAUUUAACAUUACAUUUUCUGAAUACAAUCUUGAACCCUGUGACGAUCCUGGUAUACCACAAUAUGGAAAACGGCUUGGUCAGAAUUUUGGAGUGGGUGACACAAUCACUUUUACUUGCUCAUCUGGAUAUCGCUUAGAAGGAGAAUUAGAAAUCAUCUGUCUUGGUGGUGGUCGCCGUGUGUGGAGUGCACCUCUGCCAAGGUGUGUGGCUGAAUGUGGAGCCUCUGCAACAAAUAAUGAAGGAAUUCUGCUGUCUCCGAAUUACCCACUGAACUAUGAAAAUAACCAUGAGUGUAUUUACAGCAUUCAAGUACAAGCAGGGAAAGGAAUCAAUAUUUCAGCCAGAACAUUUCACUUAGCACAAGGAGAUGUUCUCAAAAUAUAUGAUGGGAGAGACAAUACUGCUCACGUACUUGGUGCUUACACAGCAUCUUCAUUGAGAGGACUGACCUUGAGUAGCACGUCAAACCAUUUAUGGUUAGAGUUUAAUUCUGAUUCAGAAGUUACUGAUGAAGGAUUUCAGCUAGUUUAUACAAGUUUUGAACUUUCACACUGUGAGGAUCCUGGCAUCCCACCAUUUGGAUACAAAAUCAGUGACCAGGGACAUUUCGCUGGAAGCACCAUCAUCUAUGGAUGCAACCCAGGCUACACUCUUCAUGGAAGCAGCCUUCUAAAGUGCAUGACUGGUGAAAGGAGAGCAUGGGAUUAUCCAUUGCCAUCCUGCAUAGCUGAAUGUGGAGGGCGUUUCAAGGGUGAAUCAUCAGGCAGGAUUUUAUCACCAGGAUAUCCAUUUCCAUAUGACAAUAACUUACGCUGCACAUGGAUUAUUGAAGUAGACCUUGGGAACAUUGUCAGCCUUCAGUUUCUGGCAUUUGAUACUGAAGCUUCACAUGAUAUUCUCCGGGUUUGGGAUGGACCACUUGAAAAUGAAAUGCUACUGAAAGAAAUUAGUGGAUCUCUUAUUCCUGAAGGAAUACACAGCACUUUAAAUAUUGUUACAAUUCAGUUUGAUACUGACUUUUAUAUAAGCAAAUCAGGAUUUGCCAUACAGUUUUCAAGUUCAGUUGCUACAGCUUGUCGAGACCCUGGUGUCCCUAUGAAUGGAACUCGAAAUGGGGAUGGCAGAGAACCUGGAGAUACUGUAGUUUUUCAAUGUGACCCUGGCUACGAACUGCAAGGAGAAGAAAGAAUAACGUGUAUCCAAGUCGAAAAUCGUUUCUUUUGGCAACCUAGUCCACCAUCUUGUAUAGCUCCGUGUGGUGGAAACCUGACAGGAUCUGCUGGUUUUAUCCUUUCACCAAAUUUUCCUCACCCCUAUCCUCAUAGCAGAGACUGUGACUGGACUAUAACCGUCAAUACUGACUAUGUGAUUUCUUUUAGCGUUUAUCAGCAUAGAGCCAACUAUGACUUCCUCUAUAUUUAUGAUGGUCCGGAUGGUAAUAGCCCACUUAUUGGAAGCUUCCAAGAUAAAAAAUUACCAGAGAGAAUAGAAAGCAGUUCAAACAACAUGCAUUUGGCUUUCAGAAGUGAUGGGACUGUUAGUUUUACUGGGUUCCAUUUAGAAUACAAAGCUAAAUUGCGUGAAUCUUGCUUUGAUCCUGGAAAUAUAAUGAAUGGAACUAGACUUGGAACGGAUUAUAAACUUGGUUCCACAGUCACAUACUACUGUGAUGCCGGAUAUGUGCUUCAAGGAUAUUCAACACUUACUUGUAUUAUGGGAGAUGAUGGAAGACCUGGAUGGAACAGAAUCUUACCCAGUUGUCAUGCACCAUGUGGGAGUCGUUCAACUGGUUCAGAAGGCACCGUUUUAUCACCUAAUUACCCUAAAAAUUAUAGCGUGGGACAUAAUUGUGUAUAUUCUGUUGCCGUCCCAAAGGAAUUUGUGGUAUUUGGCCAGUUUGUAUUUUUCCAGACAUCUCUCCAUGACGUAGUUGAGGUAUAUGAUGGAGCAACACAACAGUCACCUCUCUUGUCAUCUCUCUCAGGAUCUCAUUCAGGGGAAUCGCUUCCACUCAGUUCUGGUAACCAGAUUGUUAUUAAAUUUACCUCUAUUGGACCUAUGACAUCGAAAGGAUUUCACUUUGUUUAUCAAGCUGUUCCAAGAACAAGUGCAACUCAGUGUAGUUCUGUUCCAGAACCACGUUUUGGAAAAAGAAUUGGAAACGAGUUUGCUGUUGGUUCAGUGGUCGUAUUUGAAUGCAACCCAGGAUAUAUUCUCCAUGGCUCUAUAGCAAUUAGAUGUGAUACAGUGCCGAAUGCCUUGGCUCAGUGGAAUGACACUCUACCAACAUGUGUUGUGCCCUGUGGUGGAAUUUUAACAAAGCGCAAAGGGACUAUUUUGUCUUCUGGCUAUCCUGAGCCGUAUGACAACAAUUUGAACUGUAUAUGGAAAAUUAGUGUGCCAGAGGGAGCAGGCAUUCAAGUACAAGUUGUCAGUUUUGCCACGGAACAUAACUGGGAUUCUUUGGACUUUUAUGAUGGAGCUGACAAUAAUGCUCCAAGACUUGGCAGCUACUCAGGAACUACAAUACCUCAUUUGCUUAAUAGCACAUCAAACAACCUGUACUUAAAUUUCCAGUCAGAUAUCAGUGUUGCAGCUGCUGGAUUCCAUCUUGAAUACACAGCUAUUGGCCUUGACUCUUGUCCAGAGCCACUAAUGCCAAGCAAUGGAAUAAAAGUUGGUGAUAGAUAUAUGGUUGGUGAUGUAGUAUCCUUCCAUUGUGACCAAGGGUAUUCUCUUCAGGGGCAUUCUCAUAUUACGUGUAUGCCUGGCCCUGUUAGACGGUGGAAUUACCCUAUACCUAUUUGCAUUGCACAGUGUGGUGGAUCAAUGUCUGAUUUCAGUGGUGUGGUACUCAGUCCCGGUUUUCCUGGAAACUACCCAAGCAGUUUAGAUUGUACUUGGACAAUAAAACUUCCUAUUGGUUUUGGAGUACAUUUGCAAUUUGUAAAUUUUUCAACUGAAACAAUUCAUGAUUACCUGGAAGUAAGAAGUGGAUCGGCAGAAACUGGUUCUGUUAUUGGUCGGUUAAGUGGACUCCAGCUACCCGCUUCAUUAUUUAGCACAACUCAUGAGACCACUUUAUAUUUUCACAGUGAUUAUUCCCAGAACAAACAAGGUUUCUACAUAAUGUAUCAAGCUUACCAGUUACAGAGUUGUCCUGACCCCCGUCCUUUUCGGAAUGGAUUUGUAAUUGGGAAUGACUUUACUGUUGGCCACACUAUUUCUUUUGAGUGCUUUCCUGGUUACUCUUUAAUUGGCGAGUCAGCACUUACAUGUCUACAUGGAGUAAGUCGCAACUGGAACCACCCUUUGCCUCGCUGUGAUGCUCUCUGUGGAGGAAAUAUCACAUCAAUGAAUGGGACUAUUUACUCUCCUGCAUACCCCGAUGAGUAUCCAAACUUUCAAGAUUGCCUCUGGCUUGUAAAAGUUCCUCCUGGGAAUGGAAUCUACAUCAAUUUUACAGUUCUUCAAACAGAGCCUAUAUAUGAUUUUAUUACUGUAUGGGAUGGGCCAGACCAAAGUUCUCCUCAGAUUGGACAAUUCAGUGGAAAUACAGCUCUGGAAUCUGUUUACAGUACUUCAAAUCAAGUUUUGAUAAAAUUCCACAGUGACUUUACAACUAGCGGUUUCUUUGUACUCAGUUAUCAUGCCUAUCAGUUAAGAAUAUGUCAACCUCCUCAAGUGGUACUAAAUGCAGAAAUAUUGGCAGAAGAUGAUGAGUUUGAAAUAGGGGAUAUAAUCCGAUACCAGUGCUCAUCUGGCUUCACCUUGGUCGGCAAUGAGAUUUUGACUUGCAAAUUGGGAGAACGCCUUCAAAUGGAUGGAUCACCACCAUCUUGUCAAGUGUUAUGUCCAGCCAAUGAAAUUCGUCUGGAUUCAACUGGCAUCAUUUUAAGCCCUGGCUAUCCUGAUAGUUAUCCAAAUCUUCAGAUGUGCGCAUGGACAAUAAGUGUUGAAAAGGGAUAUAAUAUUACUUUAAUUUUUGAAUUCUUUCAUACUGAAAAGGAAUUUGACUUGCUCGAGGUUUUUGAUGGUUCCAACAGCCACUACCCUUUGCUUAUUUCACUAAGUGGCGAUUACUCUUCUACUUUUAAUAUAACUAGCAGUGGACAUGAAGUUUUUCUACGGUGGUCAGCUGAUCAUGGGACAAACAAAAAAGGAUUCAAGAUACGAUAUAUAGCUCAGUAUUGCAGCACUCCUGAAUCUCCUCCCCAUGGAUUUAUUGUAAGUCAGACAGGGGGACACCUAAAGAGCAUGGUUCGCUGGGCUUGUGAUAGAGGAUUCAGACUCAUUGGAAAAAGUACUGCUGUCUGCAGGAAGGCUCCAUAUGGAUAUUAUAUUUGGGAUUCUCCAGUACCAGCUUGUCAAGCUAUAUCAUGUGGGGUUCCAAAAUCUCAUUUGAAUGGUGGAAUAUUGUCAACAGAUUAUUUGGUAGGAACAAGUGUCACUUACUUUUGCAAUGAUGGCUUUAAGUUAUCAUCUAAAGAGCUCACCACUGCAGUAUGCCAACCAGAUGGCACAUGGAGCAAUCACAACAAAACACCUCGUUGUGUAGUUGUUACAUGUGCAAGCAUAAAUUCUUUCACCUUGGAACACGGAAGGUGGCGUAUAGUAAAUGGAUCACACUAUGAAUACAAAACAAAAGUUGUUUUUAGUUGUGAUCCUGGCUAUUUCCGUUUGGGACCUGCAUCAAUUCAAUGUCUUGCAAAUGGAACUUGGAGCUGGAGAAACGAGAGACCUCGCUGCCAAAAUAUUUCAUGUGGAGAUCUUUCUAUACCGCCCAAUGGAAAAAAAAUUGGAACUCAGACAACAUUUGGAUCGACAGCAAUAUUUACAUGUGAUACCGGAUAUAUGCUUGUAGGCUCUGCUGUGAGGGAAUGUUUAUCUUCUGGACUGUGGAGUGGAACAGAAACUAAGUGCCUAGCUGGUCACUGUGGAACCCCUGAAUUAAUUGUCAAUGGCCAAGUUAUAGGUGAUAAUUAUGGUUAUAGAGACACUAUUGUGUACCAGUGUAAUCCUGGUUUUCGGUUGAUUGGUUCUUCUGUUCGAAUAUGUCAACAAGAUCAUAACUGGUCAGGUCAGCUGCCCGCCUGUGUGCCUAUUAGCUGUGGACAUCCUGGGAGUCCAAUUUAUGGAAGAACAAGUGGGAAUGGAUUUAACUACAAUGAUGUUGUUACGUUCUCUUGUAACACUGGAUACGUGAUGCAAGGACCAACACGGGCACAGUGCCAGUCCAACCGGCAAUGGAGUCAUCCUCCUCCAAUAUGUAAAGUUGUCAACUGUAGUGAUCCAGGUGUUCCAGAAAAUUCUAUUAGAGAAAGCAAAAUCGAACAUGGAAACUUCACUUAUGGGACAGUGGUGUUUUAUAACUGUAGCCCUGGAUAUUACUUAUUUGGAUCUUCUGUACUAGUUUGUCAACCAAAUGGAUACUGGGAUAAGUCACUACCAGAAUGCAUCAAGAUUGAUUGUGGACAUCCUGGAGUCCCUCCAAAUGCAAUUAUUUCAGGAGAAAAGUUUACAUUUGGAUCCACUGUUCAUUACUCCUGUACUGGAAGACGGACAUUAUUAGGGCAGUCAUCAAGGACUUGUCAGUUAAAUGGGCAAUGGAGUGGUUCUUUACCUCACUGCUCAGGGGAUACAGUCGGAUCAUGUGGUGACCCAGGCAUACCAGGUCAUGGUAGUAGAGAAGGUACAGAAUUCAAAACAAGGAGUACUUUGAAAUUUAGCUGUAAAGUUGGGUAUAUACUCCAUGGAUCAGAAGAACGAGUUUGCCUGGGUGAUGGAAGUUGGACAGGAAAACAACCAGAAUGCAAAGCUGUUCAAUGUGGGAACCCAGGAACGACAGCGAAUGGAAGAGCUUUUCGUAUAGACAAAACAUCAUUCUCUAGUUCAGUUGUAUAUUCUUGUCUUGAUGGAUACACCCUUUCUGGUUCUAGUAUAAGGCAAUGUGCUGCCAAUGGUACAUGGACUGGAGCACUACCAAACUGUACAAUAAUUAGUUGUGGUGAUCCAGGUGUCCCAGCAAAUGGUAUUAAAUAUGGUGAAGAGUAUAUCGUUGGUCAGAAUGUUACCUAUUCAUGUCAACCUGGAUACACAAUGAAUGUGAAGAGUUCCGUUACUCGUAUGUGUACAAGUAAUGGUACAUGGAGUGGAUCAAUCCCCUUUUGUAAAGCUGUUACCUGCCCAUCACCUCCCCAAGUAUCUAAUGGACGAUUGGAAGGAACAAAUUUUGAUUGGGGAUCUAGUAUCAGUUAUGUUUGCUUACCAGGUUAUGAACUCUCCUUUCCAGCAGUGUUGACUUGUGUUGGAAAUGGAACAUGGAGCGGAGAAGUACCACAAUGCCUUCCAAAAUUUUGUGGUGACCCAGGAGUUCCAUCAAAUGGCAAAAGAGAAGGAAAAAGCUUCAUUUUCCAAUCAGAGGUAUCAUUUAGCUGCAGUCCACCCUAUGUUUUAGUUGGCUCAAGCACAAGAAUAUGUCAAGCUGAUGGUAGCUGGAGUGGUUCAUCCCCACGGUGCAUAGAGCCAUCUUGGACAUCUUGUGGAAAUCCAGGAAUACCUCGCCAUGGCUUCCAAAAUAAUACAUAUGGUUAUCAGAUCGGAAAAGUUGUCCAGUUUUACUGCAAGAAAGGAUACCUGCUCCAGGGAUCCACCAGCCGCACUUGUCUUCCUGAUCUCACAUGGAGUGGCCUCCAGACUGAAUGCAUCCCCCACAGCUGUAAGCAGCCAGAAUCACCAUUACAUUCAAAUGUUGUUGGAAUGGAUCUUCCGUCACUUGGUUAUACACUGAUUUACACUUGUCAGCCAGGAUAUGUACUCUCUGGGGGCACAGAACAUAGAAUUUGCCAAACAGAUAACACAUGGAGUGGAAAAGUUCCAGUUUGUACAGCACAUUCAAGACCACAAGGAAAAUAAUGCUGUCCCAUUUUUGGUGAACAACCUGGGUUGCCCUUGCUGAUUGUUCCAGAUGAUGUAUUUGCUCGAAAUUACAUAUGGAAAGGCUUCUACAAUUUGAAGGGAAGGAACCAACCUAUGAAUUUGACCGUUACCAACUAUAAUAUGUCUACAGGAAGGGUGAAUGCUACAUUUAUAAACAGUAACAUGGAGUUUCUUCUUUCAGGAGUUUACAAAAGCCAAGAAGCACGACUAAUUCUACAUAUUUACUCAAUAAAAUCAUCAGUUAAAGAUACUUCUUUGAGCAAGAUAAAGGAAGAAAAAUGGGCCAUGGAUGGUUUUGUAUCAGCUGAACCUGAUGGUGCUACCUAUGUUUUUCAAGGAUCAAUAAAUGGAAAAGUAAAUGGACAGUUUGGACUUAGAAGAAUUAAUAUUUCAGAAGAUAACGGUACACAUCAGACACAUGGGACAAACAGCAGUUCUGUGGCUAUUGCGAUACUGGUGCCUUUCUUUGCUCUAAUUUUCGCUGGUUUUGGAUUUUAUCUUUAUAAACAAAGGACUGCACCCAAAACACAGUAUACGGGAUGUUCAGUACAUGAAAACAAUAAUGGUCAAGCAGCUUUUGAAAACCCAAUGUACGACACCAAUGCAAAGGCUGUAGAAGGAAAAGCAGUAAGAUUUGAUCCAAAUUUGAACACUGUCUGCACAAUGGUAUAA